AUGGCGAAUGUCCAGCAAAAACAGACCCUUGAUCAGAAUAAGGUCAUUUCCGCACCUUUGGAUUAUCUCCUAAGCUUUCCAGGGAAGGAUAUUCGAGGACAGUUGAUCUCCUCCUUCAACGAGUGGCUCCAAAUCCCAGAGGAGAAAUUGUCUUUGAUCAAGCGCGUGGUCGAGCUCCUACAUACCGCUUCCUUGCUGAUUGAUGAUAUUCAAGACUCCUCUCAACUUCGGCGGGGGCUCCCAGUGGCCCACAACAUUUUCGGAGUUGCACAGACAAUCAAUUCGGCUAACUACGCCUAUUUCAAGGCACAAAGCGAGCUACACAAGAUUGGAGACCCACGCGCAGUGGAGAUCUUCACCGAAGAGCUUCUGCGGCUGCACAAGGGUCAGGGCAUGGAUCUCUACUGGCGAGAUUCGCUCACCUGUCCGACCGAGGAGGAAUACCUUGAGAUGGUUGCAAGUGAGAAAGAUUGUGUACCACUCGUCGAAUACCUUGGAAUAAUCUUUCAAAUCCGGGAUGACUACCAAAACCUGCAAAGUGAAAAAUAUAUCGAAAACAAAGGAUUCGGUGAGGACUUAACGGAAGGGAAGUUCUCUUUUCCCAUUAUCCACAGCAUCCGCAGCAAUUCUGAUAGCUUUCAAUUGAUCAACAUCCUGAAACAGAAGUCCGAGGAUACCACUGUGAAGCUUUACGCGAUAAAGCUGCUUGAAUCUACUGGCAGUUUUGAAUUCUGUCGGCAAAGAAUAGCGCAAUUGACGACCCAGGCAAGGUCUUUGCUUAUGGAAAUGGGUGAUCCAAGCCAAACAGCGGGAAUCCAAGGUAUUUUGGCCUUCUUGGAGCUGAAAUAA